GCACCAUGAGGCAGGUGGGACGCGCGGCGCUGCUGGCGGCGCUGCUGCUCCUGGCGGCGCUGCGCCCGGGGAGCAGCCAGUGGAGCCCGGAGGCGGCGGUCGCGGGGGUCCGGGACCCGAGUCUGCGCUGGAGCCCUGGGGCGCGGAACCAGGACGGCGGGGCCCGCGCGCUACUCUUGCUGCUGGCCGAGCGCUUCCCGCGCCGCGCGGGGCCGGGAGGAUGGGGACCCCGGACUGCGGGAGAACGGCCGAGACGGGACGACCCUCCGCUAUCCAUUGACCUCACCUUCCACCUGCUGCGGACCCUGCUGGAGCUGGCGCGGACGCAGAGUCAGCGGGAGCGCGCCGAGCAGAACCGCAUUAUAUUCGAGUCCGUGGGCAAGUGAUCUUCGGGGGGGUCUGCGGCCACGAGAACCUCGACCCCCGUCCUCCACCCCCUGGGCCGGGACGUGCGCGACUGGAACUGACCCAGUCCCGCCGGGCUAUAGCGGCCCAGGGAUGCCCUGAGCACUCUGUGCGUCACCAGUUUUUAAUAAAAGUGCUGAAGAGCC